UGUGAUGUAGAUUUUGAAGUAAAAUUACCUCUCUCUCACUCUCUGCAAUGAAUAAAUUAAUCAACGUGUCGUCGAAUGUUGACUUGGAUGAUCCAAGAUUUCGUAUCAAACCUUAUCAACAAAUUGUGGCUUCUUGCACUGGUGCAUUUAUUACAUCGGUGUUUGUGACUCCAUUGGAUGUGGUAAAAAUACGUCUUCAAACACAACAGAAAGCAAUGCUUUCGAAUAAAUGUUUUUUAUAUUGCAAUGGUUUAAUGGAUCAUUUAUGUCCAUGUACCAAUGGUAAAAUGCCUGAUUGGAUGAAAAGAAAUGGAAAAUUUAAGGGGACAUUUGAUGCUUUAUUAAAAAUAAGUGAAACAGAAGGUAUAGCAUCAUUAUGGAGUGGCUUAAGUCCUACUCUAGUUCUAGCUGUACCCGCAACUGUAAUUUAUUUUGUUUCAUAUGAACAAUUAAGAUUAUAUUUAAAGGAUACAUAUAAUAAACAAUUUAAAAAGAAGGGAAUCAAUGUGGAGCAACCUUUCUGGAUUCCUAUAUUAGCUGGUGGCACAGCACGAAUCUGGGCUGCAACACUGGUGAGUCCGUUGGAGUUGAUAAGAACAAAAAUGCAAUCACAGAAACUAAGUUAUGCAGAAAUAACGCAAACAUUAAAAAUAGUUGUAAGAUAUAGUGGCAUUUCUGGCUUGUGGAUGGGAUUGGGUUCAACUCUUCUUCGUGACGUUCCUUUUAGUGCUUUAUACUGGUUAAAUUAUGAAACUAUAAAGAAAAUGUAUAGCUCACAGCAAAUUUUUACUUUUAAUCUGGUCGCUGGAGCUGUAGCUGGAUCUAUAGCAGCAUUUUUCACUAUUCCCUUUGAUGUAGUAAAAACACAUAGACAAAUUGAAAUGGGCGAAAAAGAAAUUUAUUCAGAUAAACCUAUUCGUAGCAGUACUACAUGGACUAUAAUACAAAGGAUCUAUUAUCAGAAUGGAUUAAAAGGUUUAUUCACUGGACUAGUACCGCGUUUGGUAAAAGUAGCCCCAGCUUGUGCAAUUAUGAUUGCGACUUUCGAACAUGGCAAACGUUUCUUUCAAUCGUAUAAUGCUAAAAAAGCUAUCGAAUUUGAACGUGAUGUACAUUUAUUGCAACACAAACCUAAUAAUACAAAAUGAUAUGCUGAAGACAAAUAAUAUGCUAAAUAAAAAACUAUAAUAAAGUUAUUAAUUAAGACUCAUGCUUGAUCACUACAUAUUGAAUUGUAAUGUCAAAAGCAAA